UCCAAAACUCAAAAAUUCCCAAAUUGAAAAACCCUCCUUUCCCGUUCCCUCAUUUGCGAAUCGCGCCACCACCAUACAUUCAUUCCACUCCACUUCUCUCACUCCCUCUCUCUCUCGACGAGCUGCAACUCCAGAAACCGCGACAAAGAGCUAAUCCCACUCCAUUUUUUAUCCGUAUUUCUCUUUUGCUUCUUCCUACGCACAAUAUUUGAUGACCUAUUCCGUUUUAGGGUUUCUAUUUCCUGCUCUUUUCGCUGUGAGUAAAACCCACAUACGCAUGCAUAUUCCAAGAGAUGCAUACGUGGGUUCUGUUUUUUACUGUGCUUUCUGGAGCAGUUGAGAUUUUAUUUCUUUCUGUUUUGUCGAAUUAGAGGCUCGGAACUUUAUUAGAAGUUUCAUUUCCCUCAUGGAUCUGUUAGUUCAAGAUGCUGGUGUUUCUGCUGGAUCUAGGAAUAAGAAUGGAAUUUGAAAUAAUAUAAAUUUAUUUUAAUUUUUUUUCUUAUUGGAUUAGAAACGAACGUCAAUGAAAUAAGCGUUUUUGGAGCGUUGUUACUUAAUGCGAUAGGAAAAAUGCUCUUAGUUGCUGAUAAUUAAAUGCUAGUCAUGUUCUCGUUACCACAGGCAUUUGCUUCUGUCUUACUACUUUUUAAGAAACUAAUUGAAAUUUAGUUGUUGGAAUAUAGUGGAAAGCAAACUGAAACUUGGAUUGCAUAUGAAAAUAUUUGACAUAUGUUUUGAAUUUAGUUGUUGGAAUAUAGUGAAAAGCAAGCAAGAAGCUAAGAACUUUGAUUGCAUAUGAAAAUACCUGACAUUUUCAAACAUUCUUAUGCUUCUGUUCGUUUUGUGUGGCAUAUGUGAUUGUUGUCAGCUGAAGAUUUUAGUUUUCACAGGCUCUUCUGCUUGGUAAAUCAAGCAUAUACAUGUGCACAUAUUUUUGGACGAUUUUAUGAUACACUGUUCAUAAUUCUCUCAGAACUUUACCUAGUCGAUUGAGGAAAGGCAGAGAUGUUGGUGAUGUGGUGUCUCAGCUUUCCUGGGUAAAAAUGGUGUCUUGAUAAUAAUUUAACUAAAUAUCCAGGUUAUAUUGGAUAUCUGGUGAAAAUGGUGAAAAAUGUACAUAACCCCCAAAACAAUACCCACCUUAUUAAGUAAUGACACGCUGGAAGAAUUAAUCUCAAAUGAUACUUAACAUUAGUGUAGACUGUUCCUAACCAUGACUACAACUUUUGAUAAAUAAAUGCCUUUUCUUCUACUUAUUCAUACUAUCCUGCUAGUCAAUAUUAUACCUGGGAGUAUUUUGCACGUCUAGUAUCUUACUAACCUUUGUAGGUCCAUUGCCCCAAUAGACCAUGGUUCAUGUGAUCACAUAGAUAAACUUGUUCCGUUGUUCGCGUACUGAAUCACUUUCUAACCUUACCUAAAGUUGAGAUGGAGAACACCGCCAAAACACCAAAUGGAGAACGCCGCCAAAUCAACAUAAAGCUCUGGCCCCCUAGUGAAAACACUCGGUUGAUGUUAGUUGAACGAAUGACGAAUAAUCUCUCCACACCAACAAUUUUCACCAGGAAGUACGGUAGUCUCGGUCAACCAGAAGCUACAAAAUAUGCUAAACAAAUUGAGGAAUCAGCAUUUUGUUCAGCAAAUCAGCACUAUGAGCAAGAGCCUGGUGGUGAUGGAAGUUCUGCUGUGCAGUUGUACGCCAGAGAAUGCAGUAAGCUGAUACUGGAAGUUCUUAAGGAGGGUGCCAAACUAGAGGAAAAAGAAGCAUUGAAAUCCGAGGUUGAAUCUGCUCCUCGUGAGACCUUUUUUGAUAUUUCCAAAGGUCAGCGAGCAUUUAUUGAAGCAGAUGAGGCCCAAGUAUUAUUGAAUCCCUUGAAAGAGCCUGGAAAUUCUUACACUAAAAUUUGCUUUAGCAAUCGAAGCUUUGGUCUUGGCGCAGCUAAUGUGGCUGGACCAAUCCUAGCUUCCAUUAAGAACCAACUGAAGGAAGUGGAUCUGUCAGAUUUUGUUGCAGGAAGACCAGAGGCUGAAGCUCUUGAUGUUAUGAAUAUCUUCUCUGAAGCUCUGGAGGGUUCUCAUUUAAAGUAUCUGAAUAUCUCUGACAAUGCCUUGGGUGAGAAGGGAGUAGGCGCAUUUGCAAAGCUAUUCAGAUCUCAAACUAGCUUGGAGGAACUUUAUCUGAUGAAUGAUGGAAUUUCUAAAGAAGCUGCACAAGCUGUUUGUGAGUUGGUACCUUCUACAGAGGUACUUAAAGUACUUCAUUUUCAUAACAACAUGACAGGAGAUGAGGGGGCUAUUGCUAUUUCUGAGAUUCUAAAGCGUUGCCCUUUAUUGGAGGAUUUCCGAUGCUCGUCCACCCGAGUUGGUUCCGAAGGAGGGAUUGCCUUGACUGAAGCACUUGCACAAUGUAAGAAUCUGAAGAAACUGGAUCUUCGGGACAACAUGUUUGGUGUAGAGGCUGGUGUCAAACUGAGUGAGGCUCUCAAGAAACACGAGAACCUCACUGAGAUUUAUUUGAGCUACUUGAAUCUGGAAGAUGAUGGAGCAGUAGCAAUAGCCAAUACUCUCAAGGAGUCAGCACCUUCACUUGCAGUGUUGGAGAUGUCUGGAAAUGAUAUAACUGCUGAAGCGGCUCCCAGCUUAGCUGCUUGCAUUGCUAGUAAGAAGUCUCUUGUGAAGUUGAACCUGUCAGAGAAUGAUCUGAAGGAUGAUGGUGCAAUUCAGAUAAGCAAAGCAUUCGGAGAAGGACAGGAUCAACUCAAGGAAGUUGAUAUGAGCCAGAAUUCUUUAACAACCACAGCUAGGAAGUUGGCCCAGGCAUUGGUGCAUUUGCCUGGGUUUAAGCUCCUAAAUGUAAAUGGGAACUUCAUUUCUGAGGAAGACAUUGAUGAGUUGAGGAGUAUCUUUAAAGAAUGUCAGGAAAAACUUGGACCCCUGGAUGAGAACGACCCUGAGGGUAAUGAUUUUGAUGACCUGGAAGGUGGGGAUGAAGAUGAAGGCAGCCAAGAUGAAUUGGAAGAGAAACUUAAAAAGCUUGACGUCAAUCAAGAAAACUAAAAGAAGGUAGGUAGUCUUGCAGUCCUCAUGCAGAGUAAAAGCUUGACGUGCUAAAUUUGAAGAGGAGAUGACGCCGAUUCUUGAUGAAGCCACUGCUCACAAUGGGACCUUUUUUCCCCUUAAAUCUGCUUUAGAUUAUUCAGCAAUUUGUAUCAGCUGAAGGUACUUUCGACUUGGCCUGUAGACUUGUAACUUCUGGUACCCCAUGUUGGGGACCAUGGUAGGAUCCUUUUAGGCCCUUUCAAUCAUACAUUUACUUGCUUUGAACCUUUUGCUAUGAAAAAUACUAUUGAGUUCGUAUUUUGCUUA